CUAUAAAAGCCAUUGCCGGAACUGUCUGUGUCAGUAGCAGAGCUAUAGAGAACCAAGAAGGAAGAACUGUGUGGACAAAUAUAUUGGAUCUCCACUCACACGGGCUCUACUAGGAUUCAAAUACUAGAGAAUUGGAAAACAGAAGCCAAGGCUUGACAGAGCAGCUCUUUGGUACAGACACUGAGUUUCAUCAUCCGCGACUUUGGAAGAUUCUAUGAGAGUUUGAUGUGUUUGUGAGAGAACUCUGCUUCACUAUCAGAGAAAGAGCCUCUGACAGAAGAGGAGGCACCAAAUAAAGAGUGAGAAGAACUUUGGGACGCAAAAAAACAACUGCUUUUCACACGUGCUUUCACACUCAGUGCUCCACACAUGGCUGUUGUCCGUCCGAUGCCCAUGGAGACCCAGGGCUUCCACCAUAUGGCUGUUGUCCGUCAGAUGCCCUUGGAGACCCAGGGAUUCCACCACGUGCUGCCUGCCCACCUGCUCUCCUCGACCAUGGAGGAGUUCCCCCAGCAGCUCCCCGUCCCCAAGGGGCCUGCCCGUGGCAAGAGCCGCCCCCGUCGACCCCGUGAGGCCCGCUUCAAGACCCAGCCCGUCACCUUCGCCGAGAUCGCUGAGGUGGAGGAGGAGGGCGCCUCACCCCUGGAGGAGGAGAGGGCGCGCCGGUCUUUCCUGCAGUCCCUGGAGAACCUUCGCCGGAGCACACAGGCGCUCUACUGCCCAACGACCGGCCGCCGCACAGCCACGCCCCCACAGCAAAGCCUGGACUCCAGUGACUCUGACACUGCCCAGUGAGGGGCGGAGCCUGAGGAGAAAUAGAACGCGUACGCCGCCUUCCUGGCACUGACACGCCCCCUUUUCCCUACAAUUUUUUGCUGCACACGGGGGCCCAAUGAACUGAGCUCGACUGAUCUCCAAGCUGCUCCUGUGUAUAUAGAGGCCAUUCUCCUUGAAAAUAUAUGUUUCUACAUACAAAUAUACUGUAUAUUAGCAUAUCGAUAUACACUGAGUAUAUAAAACAUUAAGAACACCUGCUCUUUCCAUGACAUAGACUGACCAGGUGAAUCCAGGUGAAAACUAUGAUCCCUUAUUGAUGUCACUUGCUAAAUCCACUUCAAUUAGUGUAGAUGAAUGGGAGGAGACAGGUUAAAGAAGGAUUGUUAAGCAUUGAGACAAUUGAGAUAUGGAUUGUGUAUGUGUGCCAUUCAGAGGGUGAACGGGCAAGACAAAACAUUGAAGGUCCAUUGAACGGGGUAUGGUAGUAGGUGCCAGGCGCACCGGUUUGUGUCAAGAACUGAAACACUGCUGAGAUUUUCACGCUCAACAAUUUCCCGUGUCUGUCAAGAAUGGUCCACCACCCAAAGGACAUCCUGCCAACUUGACACAACUGGGCCAUCCUUCAUUUACUAGGCAAGUCAGUAGAGACCAUGCCCUGACUAAUUGAGGAUGUUCUGAGAGCAAGGAAGGGAGGGGUUAUUAAUGUUUUGUACACUCAGUGUAUGUGGCUAUGGUAUAUGCAUUUGAAGCAUUUUUUUUGUAAAGAACUCUACCUAGUAAUAUGGUUGGAUUAUAUUGCUAAUGCUUCUCAGAGAAGCUAGGGUUAGCACAUUAGCUUUGACACAGUGUUGAAUACACCUCUUCAGAUAGAUUCCUUUUCUACUGCCGAGGACUUCAGGACAGGAGGCCUUGUUUUUGUUUUUUUGUACCUGUUAUAUUCUGCUUCAAGGAGAUUGAAGUGUAGUAAUGACAAUAGCAACAACAACAAAAUGCUAAUUCGAGAUUUGACUGACUAAACUCUGAAAGCAUCGACCGACCACUGAAAGUGAUUCAAUGGUAACAAAAGUUAGGAGAUACUUUAAAACGCUUUUGGCACAGCUCUUACUUCUGUGUGAAGCUGCACAGAUAGCAAACGCCUCUCAUCCUUCAUCUUGAAGAUAGGAACGAAAAAAGCGCUUUCCAGACGUGAAAAUAUGUAUUCUCUUAUUUUGUUUAUAACAUGCCAAAACUAUACCUUUUAUUUUGUUCGUUGCCUCUUUUGACUUCUUAAAGUCACUCUUGAUUUCUAAGAUAAAUAUCAUUUAUACUUUUGUUUUACAUCUAUAUUUGUUAUGUUGUACUUUAAUAAAUAUUUGCAAAUAUA